AUGCACGACGAAUAUGAGAUAAACGUGGGGCAGCUUGUGGACUUGGGUUGCUUGAUCCAGGAGAAAAUCCAAGCAAUUGUAAAUGAGUCCACAAACAGGUCGAACACAUCCGGCCUGGCUCCUUCUUGGGCCCUCUACAGUGCCAAGAAGACCAUCAUUUCGGCUACAGGGACGCUCGUCGAAUUGGUCUCCGAUCCAUCUCUGCGUCUCAUGGAAUACUCCGGCCAAUACUGGGAGUCGCGUGCCCUUGCCAUUGUGGCCGCAAAACGAAUCCCUGAUAUUCUUUCAUCCUCCGCGACAGGAGUACCCUUGCCGCACAUUGCCGCAAAGUCUGGCGUAGAAUGCGCCAAAAUGGGCCGUAUUCUUCGGUGCCUCUGUUCUAGCCAUAUAUUGAAAGAGCCCGAACCCGACAUAUUCGCCAACAACCGCAUUUCGUCCGCGCUCGUGAAUAACGAACCCCUACGGGCCUAUAUCCUCAUGUUCCAUGCCGAUCUCUUUUCUUGUGCAGAGCACCUUCCGCACACCCUUUUUGAUAGAGAGUGGGGGCCAUCCUACGAUGUUCAUAAGACUGCCUUCCAACGUGCAAUGGGAACUUCACAAAGUCGGUGGGAAUGGCUAGAGGGUCAGCCUUUGGAGAAUGAGGGAAUAUCGGAAGCGUGGAGAACCAACUAUCCCGGAAUCCCUGGCCAGGAGACGGUCGUGAAACAGUCUGGUGCGGCCUUUCAGCAGCAGCGCCCGGAACUACAACUGUUCAGUGUGGCAAUGGUGGGCGGGGGCCGGGUCACGACUCGGACUCAUGUGGAAGACUACCCAUGGCAGGACCUCGGGCAUGCGACAGUCGUAGAUGUUGGUGGAGGAGUUGGUGGUUUUAUGCUGGAGCUUAGCAAGAGGUACCAUUGCUUAAAAUUUGUCAUCCAGGAUACCAAGGCGAACAUAAAGCUCGCAAAGGAGCUGAUCUGGCCACAAGAAGGACUGGAGGCUAUCAGGAACGAGCAAGUCUCUUUCAUGGAGUAUGAUUUCUUCCGGCCUAAUCCUGUUCAGGGGGCCGAUGUCUAUUGGCUGCGAUUUAUCCUGCAUGAUUGGGCGGAUGGAUAUUGCCACGAUAUCUUGUCCAUCCUCCGUGAAGCCAUGACUGCCCGUUCUCGGUUGCUGAUCUGUGAGCAAGUCAUGGAUACCACCGCAGACACCAUUACAGAGGCAGCACCACAGCCUCUUCUGGCAAACUAUGGAGUCUACAAGCGAUACAGCCACCAAAGAGACCUCGAUAUGAUGGCGAUUAUCAAUGGAAUUGAGCGAACGCCAGCACAGUUCGAGAAGCUCUUCCGCCAGGCAGGUCUACAGUUGACCAAAGUUUGGCCUUGUCGUAGUCAGGUCUCCAUCAUGGAAGUCCGGCAUGCCUUGUGAUUGAUGUAUGCUUAGCAGUGUGGGCGCUGUGCAGAUUGCUGGAUGGCGCACCUAUUUGGCAGCCGCUGAUACCUAGACCGAAACCCAUGAUGUCACGAACUCUCUCGAUACGUUCUCGAGUUUGGGCUCCUAUCGUGGUUUUCUACAAUAUUACCCGCAAAUCCACUGGAUCUAAAAUCCAAC